AUGCUGCCCUCGCAGGAGGCCUCCAAGCUCUACCACGAGCACUACAUGCGGAAUUCGCGGGCCAUCGGUGUGCUAUGGGCCAUCUUCACCAUCUGCUUCGCCAUCAUCAACGUGGUGGUCUUCAUUCAGCCCUACUGGGUGGGCGACAGCGUGAGCACCCCCAAGCCUGGCUACUUCGGCCUCUUCCACUACUGUGUGGGCAGCGGGCUGGCGGGCCGCGAGCUCACCUGCCGCGGCUCGUUCACCGACUUCAGCACUAUCCCGUCCGGCGCCUUCAAGGCGGCCGCCUUCUUCGUGCUGCUCUCCAUGGUGCUGAUCCUCGGCUGCAUCACCUGCUUUGCUCUUUUCUUCUUCUGCAACACGGCCACGGUCUACAAGAUCUGCGCCUGGAUGCAGCUCUUGGCAGCUCUGUGCCUUGUGCUGGGCUGCAUGAUCUUCCCCGACGGCUGGGACGCCGAGACGAUCCGGGACAUGUGCGGGGCCAAGACCGGGAAGUACUCCCUGGGGGACUGUUCGGUGCGCUGGGCGUACAUCCUGGCCAUCAUCGGCAUCCUCAAUGCCCUCAUCCUCUCCUUCCUUGCCUUCGUGCUGGGCAACCGGCAAACGGACCUGCUGCAGGAGGAGCUCAAGCAGGAGAACAAAGAUUUUGUGGGCUCUACAGUAAGCUCUGUGUUGCGGCCAGGGGGUGAUGUCUCUGGAUGGGGAGUCCUCCCCUGUCCCGUCGCUCACUCACAGGGACCCUGAAGGCCGGGAUCACAGCCCAGGAAUUGACCUGCCCUCAGCUUGUCCUGUCUCCUGCCCUCUCAU